UUUUUUUUCCUCAUGGAUGAUGAUAUGAGAAAGUUAUAUUUACAGUGGGUAGAGGAGCCUACACUUUUGGUUACACGAUUUGAGUAUGCAAACAUUUUCCACACUGUGACAGAUUGGUAUAGUGCAUACGUGUCUUCAAGGGUUACUGCUUUGCCCAAUCGGCCACAUGUGGUUUUUGUAGAUGGCCACUGUGAGGCACAACUAGAAGAGACAUGGAAAGCAAUGUUUUCUGGGCUUAGAUAUGCGAAAAACUUCAGUGGUCCAGUCUGCUUUCGCCAUGCUGUUAUAGCACCAUUGGGAUAUGAGACUCCACUAUUCAAAGGGCUAUCUGAAGAAAUAGAUUGCCAUGGGGCACCAGCACAAGAUCUACGGCAAAACCCUGAUGACCGAAAAACUGCAAGAUUGUCUGAGUUCGGGGAAAUGACUAGAGCUGCUUUUGGAUUUCCUGUAAAUAGACAUCGUCCUGAAAAGCCACCAAAUGGUCACAAUGUUCUCUUUGUCAGACGUGAAGAUUAUCUAGCACACCCACGUCAUGGUGGUAAAAUUGAGUCUAGACUUAGCAAUGAACAAGAGGUAUUUGAUUCAUUGCAAACGUGGUCAUCUAAUCAUGAUGAGUGCAAAGUAAACCUCAUCAAUGGGUUAUUUGCUCACAUGACCAUGAAGGUGCAAGUACAAGCCAUUCAGGAUGCUUCAGUUAUUAUUGGUGCUCACGGUGCUGGUCUCACACACAUUGUAUCUGCAUUGCCAAAAACAGUGAUUCUGGAGAUCAUUAGCAGCCGGUUCAGACGGCCACAUUUUCAACUGAUUGCUCGGUGGAAAGGAUUAGAAUAUCAUGCCAUUAACCUGGAUGGAUCAUUUGCCGAGCCAGCUGUUGUGAUUGACAGACUUAAAAGCAUAAUGAAGAGUCUUGGUUGCUGACUGACAAUUUCUUUCUGUGGUUUUGGCUGUGAUUAUGAUCCCUUAAACCUGAGAUGAGAAUCAAAACUGACCAAGAGUCCUUGCUGCAAUGUUGCUUUUACCAUUUCCCAGUAGGCUUCACAUCGCUCACUUCCAGAUUUCCAUCGGUCACCCUUGGAUGGAUAGCUACUACUUUACAGGAUCAACUAGUGGCUAACUUAAGAAAGGGGAUUCAUUUGUGAGUUAAGAGGAUGUAGUUCUUACAACCAUUAUUUGGCAGUGAAGUGAGGUAGGAUACGUUCAUGUGCAGUAUGUUGUCUUUGAUCUGCACGACACUAUGAUGUACAAUGGAACACUUGAUACCCCUUUCUUGUAACCGGGGUAAAAUUUUUUCUUAAAGGUGAUUGAUGAUAUUAUCAAACUGCUGUGUUACAUGCAGUAAUUCAUGACAGAUACGCGUUGGAUUUAGUGUAAUACAUGUACAACACCUCGAUGAAUUUGAGGAUGAAUAUCCGUCACAUAAGAUUGUUGGAUGUCUGAUUUCCAUUCCAAGGAAAUGCUUUUCUUUUGAUUUUCAAGGCGAAAUGAAAAGGAAGUGGCGGCACCCUGGGCUUUAAUAUACCUCUUCCCCUAGAGAGGUAUAUUAAAAAUAUAAUUUAUCUUACAAA